UUUUGUCUGUGUCUGUAAAUUGUCUCUUUGCGAACGAACUAUUGUCCUUUGUCCACGGCAAAGGACUGGAUGGAUGCAUACAGAAAUAGAACAUCCUGGUUCGACCAUACAGAUGUAGCCGUCGGGACAUCAGGCAGGCCACGCGAUACAUUGUAACUAUGCACUGCUUUUGGCUACAAUAUAACCUUGUUUGUAACAAUACUGCACACACUAUGAGUGUUUUGAAGAUUGAAAGACCUAUCUAUCCAAAAUAAAACCAGAUCUGAUCUGUGCUACGUGGCCAGAAGCUAUUCGGCACGUUAUUGGUCCACUCGCAGCAUCCAGCGAAUGACGUCACGGUAUUAUGACACAUGGACGUCUAUAGACACAUGGUGGAGGAAGGAUCCAGUCUGCUGCGGAGAAUGGAGAUCAGUGUGGCCGAGGCAGAGAAAAGAACUGGGAAAAAUACAGUGAACAUGCAAGAGAUAUUCACAGUAUACCUCAUAGAAACUCGACCCAUAGAUGCAAUAACAGAAGGCCAUAACCCAGCCCCUGACUCUCUCUGGAGGAGAUACAGUGAAUUUGAGAUUCUCCGAAACUAUUUGUUAGUCACCUAUCCAUUUAUCGUGGUGCCGCCUUUGCCAGAGAAGAGGGCAGAGUUUGUUUGGCACAAGCUGUCUGCAGACAACAUGGACCCAGACUUUGUAGAGAGGCGCAGGAUUGGUCUGGAGAACUUCCUACUUCGCGUGGCCUCCCAUUCGGUUCUGUCCAAUGACCAAAUCCUAUACCACUUCCUGACUGAGGAACACAGGUGGAAGGAGGUGGUGUAUGAGACAGGGUUCCAAGCCAAGGCAGACUCCAGGAUUAAAGCUCUGAGCGCAACUUUCAGGGUGAAGAACCCUGACAAGCGGUUCACAGAGAUGAAACACUACAGCGAUGAGCUUCAGGCUCUCACCUCCCAGCUGCUCAGAGUCAGAGCAAGAGUAGCAGACAGGCUCUACGGCGUAUACAAAGUCCAUGGGAACUACGGAAGAGUGUUCAGUGAGUGGAGUGCCUUAGAGAAGGAGAUGGGAGACGGUCUACAGAGUGCUGGACACCAUAUGGAUGCCUAUGCUGCGUCAGUAGAUGAUAUCUUGGAGGAAGAGGAGCGCUACGCAGACCAACUGAAGGAAUACCUUUUCUAUGCCGAAGCCUUAAGGGCUGUGUGUAGGAAACACGAGCUGACCCAGUAUGAGCUGGAGACGGCCUCCUCAGACCUCAUCUCCAAGAAGCAGCAACGGGAGGAGCUGGCCACUGGGAUGGUACGGACGUUCUCCUUCAAAGGAAUGACCAACAAGCUGUUUGGUCAGGAGACACCAGAGCAGAGGGAGGCUAAACUCAGCCUACUAGAGGAGCAGAUCGUCCAGGGAGAGGAGACGGUCACAGAGAAAACAGUGGAGUGCGAGGAGUACGUGAAGGGUGCGUGGGUGGACAUGCAGCGCUUCAAGGAGCAGAAGGACAGGGAUCUGAGGGAGGCUCUGAUUGGCUACGCCGUCAUGCAGAUCAGCAUGUGUAAGAAGGGCAUUCAAGUGUGGACCAAUGCUAAGGAAUGUUUCCACAAGAUGUAAGGGGGUCGGGCCGUGGGUCAGCGACGACGUCUAUGGUACGAGUGCACAACAGCUUCACCUUUUGAACUUCACAUGGAAACAGAACCACUGUUGUCACGGCAACAAGCCCCAGCUGGCAUAAAGUUACAGGGCUGCGUCUCAAUACUCAGUCCAAUACUGGCUGCGCUCCAGAUAAAGUGGGGAGGUAAGGAAGCCUUUCAAGACAUUUAUUUUAUUUUAUUUAUUUUACCGUUAUUUUACCAGGUAAGUUGACUGAGAACACGUUCUCAUUUGCAGCAACGACCUGGGGAAUAGUUACAGGGGAGAGGAGGGGGAUGAAUGAGCCAAUUGUGAACUGGGGAUUAUUAGGUGACCAUGAUGGUUUGAGGGUUGUUUAUUACAUGAGAUGCAGUCCGGGACUAUGUUUUAUAAUGAGAUAUAAGGCACAAACAUAUCCCCUUGUGUUGAUUUAUUAAGAGAACGUGUGUAGUAUCAGCAGGAUAAAGGUUGUUUAUUAAGAAAACGUGUGUAGUAUCAGCAGGAUAAAGGUUGUUUAUUAAGAAAACGUGUGUAGUAUCAGCAGGAUUAAGGUUGUUUAUUAAGAGAACGUGUGUAGUAUCAGCAGGAUAAAGGUUGUUUAUUAAGAGAACGUGUGUAGUAUCAGCAGCUAAAAGGUUGUUUAUUAAGAGAACGUGUGUAGUAUCAGCAGCUAAAAGGUUGUUUAUUAAGAGAACGUGUGUAGUAUCAGCAGCUAAAAGGUUGUUUAUUAAGAGAACGUGUGUAGUAUCAGCAGCUAAAAGGUUGUUUAUUAAGAGAACGUGUGUAGUAUCAGCAGGAUAAAGGUUGUUUAUUAAGAGAACGUGUGUAGUAUCAGCAGGAUAAAGAUUUGUUUAUUAAGAGAACGUGUGUAGUAUCAGCAGGAUAAAGGUUGUUUAUUAAGAGAACGUGUGUAGUAUCAGCAGGAUAAGGUUUGUUUAUUAAGAGAACGUGUGUAGUAUCAGCAGGAUAAAGGUUGUUUAUUAAGAGAACGUGUGUAGUAUCAGCAGGAUAAAGGUUGUAUGGUGAGAGUGUAGCACGUGGGGGAUAAAGGUUGUAUGGUGAGAGUGUAGCACGUGGGGGAUAAAGGUUGUAUGGUGAGAGUGUAGCACGUGGGGGAUAAAGGUUGUAUGGUGAGAGUGUAGCACGUGGGGGAUAAAGGUUGUAUGGUGAGUGUAGCACGUGGGGGAUAAAGGUUGUAUGGUGAGAGUGUAGCACGUGGGGGAUAAAGGUUGUAUGGUGAGUGUAGCACGUGGGGGAUAAAGGUUGUAUGGUGAGAGUGUAGCACGUGGGGGAUAAAGGUUGUAUGGUGAGAGUGUAGCACGUGGGGGAUAAAGGUUGUAUGGUGAGAGUGUAGCACGUGGGGGAUAAAGGUUGUAUGGUGAGAGUGUAGCACGUGGGGGAUGUGGGAAACUUACUCCUCAGCCUGAAGUGUCACCACUUGUGCAGCCGAAUUGUCAACGCUUCAAUGGCGCCGACUGGUAAGACGCUUCGGGACGGCGGUCACGUGUGCUAGCGAAGCAGAUGUCCUGGGUUGGAGCAUCCGUGUGAGCCGAUCAGGAGGAAGCGCUUCUCGCUAAGCAAGCAGCAUGACGUCAGUUAACUGUAUGCUGCUGUUACCUUGGUUUACCUCUGAACUGAACUGGAAAAGAAACUGAAUCAAAUGUCAAAGGACUUCUGGCCUUUUCUCUGCUUAAAGCACAUGAUAUCAUAAUGUCUGGUAUGUGAAUAUUGAAUAAGAUAUUAUUUCAGAAAAUGUCAAGGUACAUGUAUAUAAGAAUAUUAUAUACUUUGACGUGUCCAUCUAUGUAAAUAUAUUAACAACAGUGAACACUAACCUGGUUGAAGCUGAAGUAUUAACUCACUAAUUUAAUCAUGGUUUCUCAAAGAAAACAUCUAUUUCUACAUUGUGACUCGCAGUAAUAAUGUGAUUUAAGGUCAGAUUUGAUCAUCAUUCAUGUACAUUCUUAUCCAAGUUGAACUGAGAUAACAGUUAUACUGCAUUGUAUAUUCAGCUUUAUGGUUUUAAUAAAAAUAUUGUCUUCUA